GUACUGAACGAUCGAGUCACCUCAUCAGCCCGAGUAGAGAAGCAGUCACUCCGCAGUGGACACCCAUCUGCUCGACCCUUUUUACGCACCGGGGGAACUAACUGAAAUCGCUCAUGUUGGCAUUGUGAGAACAAAGAUCCAGCACAAUUUCUUCCCACUAAAUUCUCCUGGAAUAUUCUGAUUUGACUGUUGGCAACACAUUUUGUUAAAUUAUCAGUGAAAAGCCGGAGGACAUCUCCAGAGAAAGAUGAAGGGAUGUACACCUUUCUUCAAGAUGACUCUUUUUGCACUACUUGUCGCCGCCGUGUCAGCGACCAAGUUGAAUGUACCGCGACUGAGACUGUCAUACAAAGACCUGCUGUCCACCAACAGGUCGUCUAUCUUCAGCGGUCAUCACAGCCAGCUCUCUCUUACCACCGUCUUUCUGGAUGAGUACCGUGACCGCCUCUUCCUGGGAGGGAAAGACAUCCUGUACUCUCUCAUGCUGGGACCUGCCAGCAGCGAGUCCAAAGAGAUCUACUGGCCCCCGUUACCUGGCAACAGAGAGGACUGCAUUCAAACGGGGAAGGAUCCGCAGACGGAGUGUGCAAACUUUGUCCGCCUCCUGCAGCCUUACAACCGCACCCACCUCCUGGCCUGUGGCACCGGGGCCUUCCAGCCCAUGUGUGCCUUCAUCUACGUGGGGCACAGAGGAGAGCAUGUGUUCACCAUGGACCCUACAAAUGUGGAGAAUGGACGAGGGAAGGUACCACAUGACCCUAGCUUCCCCUUCGCUAGCACCUUCAGUGGUGGGGAGCUGUACACAGGACUGACAGCAGAUUUCCUGGGUAGAGACUCUGUGAUCUUCAGGAGUAUGGGAGGUCGCUCCACCAUGAGGACAGAGACUGACCAGAAACUUCUCCAUGACCCUAAGUUCAUCGCAGCCCACCUCAUCCCAGACAAUGACGACAGAGACAACGAUAAAGUGUAUUUCUUCUUCACUGAGAAGGCCACGGAGGCAGGAGACAGGGAGGGGGCCAUACACACACGUAUCGGACGAGUGUGUGCGAAUGAUGUUGGAGGCCAGAGAGUGCUGGUUAAUAAGUGGAGUACUUUCAUCAAAGCCAGACUGGUCUGCUCUGUGCCAGGACCGCAUGGCAUCGACACACACUUCAACCAACUGGAGGAUGUUUUCCUGCUGAGGACCAAAGAUGAGAGAAACCCAGAUGUCUAUGCAAUCUUCAGCACUAUCAGCAAUGUGUUCCAGGGUUUUGCUGUGUGUGUUUACCGUAUGGCUGACAUUAGAGAGGCCUUCAAUGGACCGUUCGCUCAUAAAGAAGGUCCUGACUACCAGUGGGGGGCCUAUGAAGGCAGGGUCCCUUAUCCAAGACCAGGCGUGUGCCCAAGUAAAAUCACCAACCAGCCAGGCAGAGAGUUUGGCAGCACAAAGGACUUCCCUGAUUCAGUGCUUCAGUUUGCACGCAGCCACCCACUGAUGUGGCGACCGGUGUAUCCUGCCCUGCGCCAACCUGUGCUUGUGAAGGCCAACAUUCCUUACAAGCUGAAACAAAUCGUGGUGGACCGGGUCGAGGCAGAGGACGGACAGUAUGAUGUCAUGUUCAUCGGCACCGACGUUGGCACAGUAUUGAAGGUCAUUGCUCUGCACAGUGGUAACAACCUGGAGACAGAGGAGGUCACACUGGAGGAGCUGCAAGUCUUUAAAGUGCCAUCUCCAAUUACAUCGAUGGACAUAUCUGUUAAAAGGCAAGCCCUGUUUGUGGGCUCUCCAGCUGGUGUGGCGCAGGUGAAGCUACAUCGUUGUGAGACUUAUGGGAAAGCCUGUGCUGAGUGCUGCCUGGCAAGAGACCCUUACUGUGCCUGGGAUGGAUCACUUUGUGCACGCUACAUGCCCAACGGCAAACGUCGCUUCCGCAGACAGGACAUCAGGCAUGGAAACCCUGUGUUACAGUGUGUGGAUCAAAAUCUGAAUGAAGACCUUGACGUGACAGAAGACAAGAUUGUGUAUGGGACUGAGAAUAACAGCACCUUCUUAGAGUGUGUUCCUCGCUCUCCACAAGCUACUGUUACCUGGCUCGUGCAACGUGAUGAGCGCAGAGAAGAGGUAAAGCUGGACGAACGUGUGAUGUCCACUGAGCAGGGCCUCCUGUUUCGUCGUCUUUUCCGCCAGGACGAAGGCGUGUACAUCUGCCGAUCUAGGGAGCAUGGCUUUACACAGUCCCUGGCCCGCCUGACCCUCGAAGUCCUCCAGGGGGAGACUGUGGAUGAGCUCAUGGCACGAGACAGCGGCGGCCUCUCUGACUCGUUCAAAGACCGGUCCACAGGAGGCUACAGGGCCUGGAUGCCUUGUAGCGCAUACAGCAGGGGGGGCUCAUCGAGCCAAAUCGGCCAAUCCCGUACAUGGUUCAAGGAUAUCAUGCAGCUGAUUGGGCCAUCAAAUCUGCCGCAUGUGGAGGAGUACUGCGAGAGGAUGUGGUGCAAUGACAAGCUGAGGAGAAAACACAAGAGCAUGCUGGAAAAAUACCGCCAGGCGCAGGAGAGCGCCAGGAAGGCACGUAGCAAGAGCUCUGGAGAACGUAACCGAACCCCGAGGGAUCUCAGCGCAUGGGAGGAGUAACAGAUAGAAAGUUAGCAGAGGGAAAAAGAAGAAAAAAAGGACAAAGAUUACAGUAUAGGACAUAAGAAAUGGGCAGCGAAUAGGGUCAAGACCAGAAUCAACUCCUAAUAGUUGAAACUUUGAGACCUGGAUUUUUAGGAAGAUCAGAAAAGAGCGUCUACUUCGGCUGUUAAACUGAAGAGAAUGGAUUUUAUGACAUCAGAGUAUUUGAAAGUCAGGUGAUAGGGGUUGGUUCUGGAUAUGGCCCAAAAACACAGAAGUGUGGGGCUACUGAACUGAAAAGGUUGUUGCUAUAAAGAGGAGACGAUACACUCUAGGAUGCUUUUUAAAAAAUCUUGUUUAACAAGGACUCCUCCCACUCUCACACUUGCAUACUUUUAUGGUUGAAAAUGACAGACACUGUUUUCAUUUCAUCAAGUCAUAUAAAACCUUCACAAACCUCAGAAUUAUAGAACAUAUGCGUGUCUGUGGACUGACUCUUUAAUGAACAGUUUGGGCUGGCUCUUGACAAAUUGGGGUCUCAAAAGAGAGGAACCUCAUUUACAUGUUUUUCAUCUUUGGAGUUUAAAAAAAGCAAGUUUGUCAAAUGCAGCUCUGACACACACGGACACAUACAUUUACUUUCCAUUUGUUCACUGGAUUCAUCUCCUUCUCACUUGGUCUUGAAUGGUCCAUGUUUCUUACCUUGUUGUGCACCGGGCUUUUUAAAAAUUGAAAUAUUCACAUGUCUUCAGCUCAAGACAUAACUGAGUUUGCAGUGUAUUUAUAAGACGCAUGUGCAACUAAUUCACCCAGGCUUAUAGACCUACUGUUUCUGAUCUUGCCACUGUACAUGCAUUUACACACACUGUUACAAAAACUGAAAUCCCACUUACUGAAUGCAUAAGCUCAGCUAGCUCAAUCUGGAAGCUACUUUGAGACGACUGUUGAUGGUUCAACAGAUUAAAGGCACAUUGCUUUAUUUUUACUGCUGUGGGUUGAACUUUCCAUUAAACACCGGCUACAGAUCAAGAUUCCUCUCUCGCCGACCCUGAGAGGGAUAUUUUACGGGGGCUUGCUCUAAUGCUUUUGGGCACAUACCGUAACACCUCCUGGAACGUACCUAAUGGCCACAGUCUAUCACUGAUAUUAGCCUCUCUGGGGGUCUCUAUGCACCUCAACCCAAUGAAAUCUAGGUAUGUGACAUAAACACUAAUCCAGCCUGCAAAUAAUGAUCAUUUUCAAUAAUUUGUUUAUUACUUACAUCAGGGAGGGUAAGUUCUUAGUUUGGUUUGUCUGUUUGUCAGCAUGAUUAUGGAAAAACAACUGGCCCAAUUUUCAUGAAACUUGGUUGAAGGGUGUAGUAUGGUCUAAGGAAGAACCCAAUACAUUUUAGAGUAGAUCCAAAUCAUGGGGCAAAUACACAAAUUAUUUUUCACUUUUGUCAAACUUGCAAUAUACAACAUUCAUAGUCUUGGUCAGAAUUGCCUGCUCAUAGCUCUCACUUCAGAUGUCCCAAGGAAACAUGGAGGUGGCUGAGCCGAAACAGCAGCUAACAAUGUUAUCAACUGUGCUAACACCCUAACAGUGAUAACAACGGCAAUGGUGCUGACAGAGUUAACAGUGUACUGGGCAACAUUUUCCCACGCAGUGCAAAGCUAUUGUGAAUAGCUAGCCAGUAGGGACAUGAAGGAAGGUGGGGAACUCACAUUCAAACGCAACCGGUCAAGUUACCACAACAAAGAACAGACAAGCUCGGAUUACAACACACACGGAGAAAGUUUGACUUCAUUUCCUGCCCCAGAAUUAAUUACUCCAUUAUAUAUUUACAUUGCAAAUGGUCUUUUACUGCUAUAUGACAGUAUAAUGAUUUGAAUGUAGUAUAUUGCACCUUCAACAUUGACGAGAGAGGGUAUUUGGCCUUGGUUGAGAUCUGUGCUCUCUGAGUACCCUUUUAGUUAAUAUUUUUACUUCUGUAAUUUUUUAAUUGAUUAAAGCAGCUGUAGGUGAUAUCUUCAAAGGAUUUUUUUCAGUCAAAAUCCAUUAAAGGAGAAAUUACAUAACCUGACCUCACUUUCCCACAGUUCCUCUGUCUGUUAUAGCUCCAGUGACAAUAGAGGGAACAACAGAAGGGGUCAGCUGUGAUGGCCAACUCCUUGUGUGCUUUCUGCUUUGUAAACUCUGAUUUUGAGACGGUUCAUGCUUUGAACACAGUAUAAUCCGCAUGUUAUGCCCUCAUGUAAGUUCUGUUGUUAAAAUAUAAGUUUCACAGUAGCUAAAUCCACAGGGGAAAGGUGGGGAAAAGGACAGUGUUCAAUUGAUAAAUAAGAUGGACAAAAUGGAUAGAGACACAGGGCAAGUAAAAGAAAGACAGGGCAUGGAUGGGAUGAGCUGUGAGCUCCAGAUGUAAAAAAAAAACAAAACACAGAGGCGAGGUCAUUAAAGACAGAUGGCAGGCUGGGAAAACAAAUGCCAAACUUGAGUUACAGUGAGGGCUAUGUGUGGAUGAGAGAGAUGCGCUCCAAAGCUUCGGUUAUAUAAUGGAAAGGGUAACUUUUGAUAAUAAAAAUAUUCAUAAACUUAAGCAGAAGUAAAAUGUAAUUAAAAAUGUAUAAAUUGAUGACUGAGUUGCUUUCAACCAUAACACCUAAAUGUAACAAUAUGAAUACAAUUUUAAAAGCUUUAGAGUUGCAUCAUUAGUUUAGUAACAUCCUCUGGCCCCAUGGAGGUCCAGCUGCACCACUGAUGGGUCAAAUAUAGUGCAUCUAAUAAACAAUAAAAAAAUAUGUGCCUUUAAUGUGUCCAUAGUUAAUUAUUUCCAAAUUAAUUAUAUCAUUUUUUUAAUCUUGCAGUUUCAAUCUUUGUCCCUGGACAAGUCUGCGUAGCUAUGAAAUAUUACCUAAGAUAAUAUUACCUACAUUUGAACUAUAAUACACUAAAUGUUGGUCACGUGGUGAAAUCAUCAGAUUUGAAAGUACCUUAGAAAGUAAGUAACCUUGUUUUUUGGAUUUAUUUGAUGACAGCUUGAAACACAAUCAGCUGUUCACAAACAGUCUUUUGUUGCCAAAGAACUGAGGACCUCCAAUAUGUCUGCCAGAGGGUGAAACCCCAGUAAUAUGUGUACAGAAGAAGAUGGUAUCAAUAUUCUGGGAGCCCUCUCAUUGUUUAAAAUUAGCCAGGAAACAACAUUAACACCAGUGACCUUUUUGUAACCUUCAUGGCGUGUGAAUGGCUUCUGAGAGGAGAAAGAAAAGGGAAGAGAGAAGACUGGGAGAAGAAAGGAAAGAUAGAAAGAAUACGGUACAAAGCAUCUUGUGAAAGCUGUAUUUGCAAAACUAAAAAACCUAAAAAAAAGCAAAAAAAUAUAACUCCUAAUCACUAAUCAAAACCCAAUUCAUCAGUGUUAAGUGAGUAUUCCAGUUUGUACAGCACACAUUUUACUCUAACAAAGUUUAUUUUCUUAGUCUGAGCAUGGUGAGACUGGCUAUUAAACUCCACUUACAGUGUUUUCUUUAAAAAUAUUGCUUCUGAUGUAUAUCUUAACGGGAAGAAAAUGAAAGAGUGACAGAAGGACAGUGCAUAAAAGAGAAAAGCAAAUAGCCGGGUAAAAACUUGAUUUGUCUUGAAAAUAACCCUCCUUAAAAAUUAUCUGCCAUAAAAUUGUCACUCAAUUGUACAUUUUGCUCUUGUCAUAUUUUUUUGUGGAAAUAAGUAUUUUGUCUAGUCUGAUCUGGUCUGUGAAGAUGAUUAGGUAUUUUGUUGUUGUGGUGGUAUCAUUCUACUUCUGUAAGUCCACCUCAUGACUCUGCAUUAGUGUUAUUAGAAAGUUAAAAACUGUCUGUGUCUAAGAUAUAACUUUGUAAAUAUGAUUUGUACACUGUGUAAGAUGGUCUGAAAAUACAAGUUUCCAUUUAAAUGUCAUAAUGGAACUGCCAACUUUUUUCUUUUGCUGGACAGUAUACUGAGAUCUAAAAGAACACAGAUGUAAUAGUAUGUGGUGGUAUUGCGUCUCACUUUUAUAUUUUUAUUUUCUGUUAAGAUGUCCACUCUGUAACUAGUUCAAUGCAGAUUGUCAAUACUUCUUAACUUAUAGCUAAAACACAUGUUGAAUUUGCAGCACUCCUGCCUAAAUGUCCAACUGUUGUAUUUAACGGUAUAUCUGAUGGAUUUAUAUUGACAAAGACUCACUCAUCAAUGUGAUCAUUGUAUUGUGAUAACUGUUGUUAAAACUGGUGCACUCCUGUCAAACUGCACCAGGUGAUUUCACUGAUUAGCUGCUCCUCCUGGCACUAAUUAGCAACUGCCUGCAUCUGCUGUGACCACCACAGCUACUCUAUAUCAAGCUGACAAAGAGGCUCAGUCUGGUUCAGACUAGGAAAGAAGACACUGCAGUAAACCCAUUCAGAAAAUCUAUCUUCCACAGCUACUCAGGACUUUGGUGUCCAUGAACUUGGACGGUCUGAAGUCCAAAAAGCAUGCAUUGCCAUCAUGAACUCACUGAACAUCAUGCAAAAACAGUCAAUG